AUGGCUUUCUCCCUCAUUGUUCUCGUUAGAAAGGAUAAUGGUGUUAUAAUGAAUAUAACUAUAGUUGUAAAGAACGACGAUGAUGCUCCUGCCUCGUACGGCAUAUCGCAUGCCCAUGUAGUUGUCUCAAUGUUUUGUAGGAUUGUUGUCGAAGAGAUUUGUAAUGACUCUGGGCGUACUUUCUUACAUAGAGAGCAACAACAGUUCUUACAAGGAAAAACAUUAGGUGACUUAAAGAGCAACUAUUAUAUUUUCUCGAAAAACAAACUUCCAUUGCAAUGGGGGUACAGAAUGGUGGAUCAAAUGUUGAUGGAUACAAAUCCUACAAUGGAAUCGAUUCAUUCUCAAUCAGCACAUUCACCACCUGAAAAAGGUGUAGCCAAAGCCAAGAGCAAAAAGUCUCCUCUAAAGAAGGCUAAGAAGCCUAUUCUGAAGAGAAAGCGUAGGCUUACGUCUGAGGUAUGGAAGUAUUUUGACAUUCUUGACAAGCCUAAGAAAGAGAAUCUCCCUGAUAAUGAGAAUGACCCUGAGAACCCUGAUGAUGAUGAGAAUGAUCCUGAGAAUCCUGAUGAUGUGAUUGUAGACGAUGAGCCUGAAAAAUGCAAGUGUAAGAAAUGUGGUCAGGUGUAUCUUUCUGAUAGUAAAUAUGGAACUGGAAAUAUGAAGCGUCAUUUACUUGUUUGUUUAAAGAAUCAAACAAUGGAUAUUGGACAAAUGCUUGUAUCUAAAAAUGGAGCAUUGCAACUAGCGAAAUUUAACCCUGAUAGGUUUCGUGAACUGUUGGUGCAUGCAGUAGUUAGACAUGACUUGCCACUUAGCUUUGUCGAGUAUGAGGGUGUUAGGAAUAUUUUUACCUACUUAAACCCAGAAGCCCACUCAAUUUCAAGGAGGACUGUUAGGACUGCCAUCCUUUCUCUGCAUGAGAAAGAGUAUCGAACUCUAGGUCGCAAUUUGCGUACUUUGCCUGGUAGAGUUUGUUUGACGUCUGAUUUAUGGACAUCUAUUGCCACGGAUGGUUAUAUGAGUCUUACUGCCCACUUUAUUGAUGCGAAUUGGGUGUUACACAAGAGACUUCUGAAUUUCUCGUACACGCCUCCACCACAUAGUGGCGUUGCAUUGAAAGAGAAAGUGUAUGAUUUGUUGGUUAAAUGGGGCAUCGUGAACAAGUUGUUCUCUUUUACUUUGGAUAAUGCUUCUGCAAAUGAUGUGCUUGUUGACUUGCUUAAGAAUCAUCUUAAUUUGAAUAGUGCACUUGUGGACGAGGGUAGCUGUUUUCAUAUCCGUUGUUGUGCUCACAUUCUUAACUUGGUAGUUCAAAUGGGGCUGAAAGAAAUAGAUGUUGUUGUUGACAAGAUUAGGGAGUGUGUCAAAUACAUGAAAGGAUCUCAAGCAAGAAAACAAAAAUUAUUGGAAUGUGUUGCACAAUAUUCUCUAGAUUCCAAAAGAGGUUUGAGGCAGGAUGUUCCAACUAGAUGGAACUCAACAUAUCUCAUGCUCGCAAGUGCCAUUUACUAUCGGCGUGCGUUUUGCCAGUUGCAACUUAGUGACUCGAAUUUUAAGCAUUGUCCUUCUCAAGAGGAAUGGGGUAGAGCGGAAAAGAUUUGCCAAUUCUUGAAAGUUUUCUAUGAUGCUACUUGCAUUUUCUCGGGUUCGAAAUAUCCUACAUCAAAUUUGUAUUUUCCAAAGGUUUGUGCAAUUCAAUUUCUCUUAAAUAAGGAGAUGAACAGUACUGAUCCUUUCAUGAGAAGGAUGGCCUGUCAAAUGAUGGUGAAGUUUGACAAGUAUUGGUCGGAGCAUUCUGUGAUCUUGGCAAUUGCGGUUAUAUUUGAUCCUCGUUUUAAGUUUCAGUUGGUGGAGUAUUCUUAUGGAAAGCUUUAUGGUGAGUCAUCCAGUGAGGUAUUCACACAGUGUACACGAAUCCGGGAAAAGCUUUUUGGUCUCUUUAACGAGUACCAAUCUAAAGCUUACAAACCUGAAGUUGUUCAAGGAAACGUUGUUCAAGAAAACCAGGGCGAAUUCAUUGAGGAUUUUGAUGCAUUUGAGAGCCAUUCAUUUGUUUCUAGUGCACACAAAAAUCAGCUAGAAUUGUAUUUGGAUGAGCCUAGGCUUCCAAGAAAUGAAAAUAUUGAUGUACUUGAAUAUUGGAGAGCCCACAAUUAUAGGUAUCCGGAACUUGCAUCGAUGGCUCGCGAUGUGUUGAGUAUUCCUAUUUCUACAGUUGCUUCCGAAUCUGCAUUUAGUGUUGGUGGUCGAGUUCUUGACAAAUAUCGGAGUUCUUUAAAGCCUAAAAUUGUCGAGGCUUUGAUAUGCUCUAGGGAUUGGUUGUUUGGAGGGGAAGAAAUCGACAACGUGAAGUUGGAUGAUGUCAUUGAAGACAUAAUGAACUUGAAUCUAGACAAUGAUCAGUCCGAAUCAGUGGGAUGUUCUAGUUCCGUGAUCAAUGUUGAACCUUGAUUAAAACCUUGCAGGGAUAUGGUAGGGCUCUGUGGUUGAGGCAAGGACAAAUGGGGAGUGGUUUUGUGAAGAAGCCUGAUCUGGAAAUGGAACCAAAUAAUGAAUGGUUCCAGUGAGAACUCGUUUUGUAUUUGAAUGUUUAAUUGUUUAAGUUAGACUUAUUUAGUAUUGAAACUUAUCUUUGUAAGACUCUAAGUGGUGGUG